AUGGCGGAAGUGACGGCGAAGCGAUUCAGUGCGGGUUACGCACUGUUACAGAAGAAACAGCGCAGCUUCGUUCAGUGUUCUUUGUUGAAUUCGGCAAAAGAGCGUGGUAUUGAUCUCAUUAGGAUCGACACCGACAAGCCGCUAAUUGAUCAAGGCCCUUUUGAUUGUGUGCUUCACAAGUUGAACACUGAAGACUGGCGGAAACAGCUAAAGGAGUACUCCGUUCGGAACCCUAGCGCUUACAUAAUCGAUUCUCCUGACGCAAUCCAGCGGUUACACAACCGGAUUUCCAUGCUCGAAGUGGUUUCGGAGAUUGAGGCGGCGGAGGUGAAAGACGGUGAGUCGGCUUCCUUUGGGACACCUAAGCAGACGGUGAUAUACGAAUCGGAGAAGCUGAAAGACACGACGUGUUGGGGCGAGGAAUUGAAGUUCCCGGUGAUUGCGAAACCCUUGGUAGCGGACGGAAGAGUUCGUGAACCACGGCGGGGUGAUCUUCAAAGUGUAUGUGGUCGGAGAGUUUCUAACAUGACUUCGCAUCCAAAGAAUGACGAUAUAUACUACAAGAUUUUGGAAGACGCAGAGAUGCCUCCGAUGAGUCUGAUAACUAAUAUCGCCCGUGGGCUGCGUAAGGCAAUGAAAUUGCAUCUUUUCAACUUUGAUGUGAUCAGGGAUACCAGAAUUGGAAACAGGUACCUUGUUGUAGACAUCAACUAUUUUCCUGGCUAUGCCAAGAUGCCUGGUUAUGAAUCCGUCUUGACUGAUUUCUUGUGGGAUGUUUUGACCAAAGAAGAGGCUAGGUCUUUCAAUAACAAGAAAGAAACAACCAAAUUGGUUGAAAAAAUCGAUUUUUGUGGUGACCAAAAAGGGUCUCUUCCUGUUCUUUCUGUUGAAAAGGAUGAACAGGGCCCUUUUCAGGUCUGA